CUCUCUCUCUCUCUCUCUCUCUCUCGCCCGCUCGCUCUCUCGGUGUGAGCAGAAGCAGACACUUCCCAUGGAAAUCGGACGGAUGCAGGAUUCCCAGUGAAGCUUCAUACCUCAUACUCUCCAAUGGCAACUACCCUCAUUCUCCCCGAACUCCCCUUCCUUAGCUCAGUGAACCCAUCGAGGCAGAGCCGCCGCCUCGGUCUCUCGCGUCGCUCCAUCUCCCGGCUCCCCCUCACUGGAAAGUAUUGUCACGGCCAGCUCCGGGGUCGGAGAGUCAGCGCGGUCCGCGAGGAGGACAGGAUCGCGGAAGAGCUGAGCCGGUUCGACUCCAAUGGAAACGGAGCGGCUCGGGUCUCGGUUGCAGUGAGCGUGGAGGAGAGGGAGCGCGGAGCGACAAAUGGGAGCUUGGCGAAGUACGUGAACGGCAACGGCGCGUCCACCGCAGCAGUUCAGGAGGUGGAAGUGGUGGAGGCUAAAGAGGACGCGAGGAAGAAGAGGAUCGAAGAGAUUGGUGAGGAGGAGGCGUGGUUUAAGGAAAAGGGACGACCGCAGCUCGAGGUCUCUGUUGCCCCUGGAGGUCGGUGGAGUAGAUUUAAAACCUACUCAUUUAUCCAGAGGACCCUCGAAAUAUGGGGCUCUGUUCUGACAUUUAUCUUCAAAGCAUGGUUGAACAAUCAGAAAUUCUCUUAUCGAGGAGGAAUGACGGAAGAGAAGAAGGUCUUGAGGCGGAAGGAGCUGGCCAAAUGGUUGAAAGAAACCAUUUUAAGAUUAGGUCCCACUUUCAUCAAGCUUGGUCAGCAAUUUUCAACUAGGGUGGACAUCCUUGCUCAGGAAUAUGUUGAUCAACUGUCAGAGCUCCAGGAUCAAGUUCCUCCUUUUCCAUCAGAUGUCGCUGUUGCUAUAGUUGAAGAAGAGCUGGGGGCUCCUGUAAGUGACAUCUUUGAUCGGUUUGACUAUGAGCCAAUAGCUGCUGCUAGUCUUGGCCAGGUGCAUCGAGCAAAACUGAAGGGGCAGGAAGUUGUUGUGAAAGUACAGAGGCCUGGUCUGAAGGAUCUUUUUGACAUUGAUCUGAAAAACCUAAGGGUGAUUGCAGAAUAUCUGCAAAAGAUUGAUCCCAAAUCUGAUGGUGCUAAGAGAGAUUGGGUCGCUAUCUAUGAUGAGUGUGCAGCUGUCCUGUAUCAGGAGAUUGAUUAUACCAAGGAAGCUGCGAAUGCAGAGCUUUUUGCAAGCAACUUCAAGGACAUGGAAUAUGUGAAAGUCCCUCAAAUAUUAUGGGACUACACUACCCCGCAGGUCUUGACCAUGGAAUAUGUUCCUGGUAUCAAAAUAAACAAAAUACAAGCCCUCGAUAAGCUCGGAGUUGAUCGUAAAAGGUUGAGUCGAUAUGCUGUUGAAUCUUACUUGGAACAGAUACUAUCUCAUGGAUUUUUCCAUGCCGACCCUCAUCCAGGUAAUAUAGCUGUUGAUGAUGUCAAUGGUGGAAGGUUGAUCUUUUAUGAUUUUGGAAUGAUGGGAAGUAUAAGCCCCAACAUAAGAGAAGGUUUGCUAGAAACAUUUUAUGGAGUAUAUGAGAAGGAUCCAGACAAGGUCCUUCAAGCAAUGAUUCAAAUGGGUGUUCUUGUGCCGACUGGAGAUAUGACAGCUGUCCGAAGAACAGCUCAGUUUUUCCUCAACAGUUUUGAAGAGCGCCUUGCUGUUCAAAGAAGAGAAAGAGAGUUGGCAGCGGCAGAACUUGGAUUCAAGAAGCCAUUAAGCAAGGAGGAAAAGAUGGAGAAGAAGAAGCAACGUCUUGCUGCUAUUGGUGAAGAUCUUUUAGCCAUUGCUGCAGACCAACCCUUCCGGUUUCCUGCAACAUUCACAUUCGUUGUGAGAGCAUUUUCUGUACUAGAUGGCAUCGGGAAGGGACUGGAUCCUAGAUUUGACAUCACUGAGAUUGCUAAACCCUAUGCAUUGGAACUGCUAAGGUUUCGUGAAGCUGGUGUUGAAGUUGUUUUGAAGGACUUCAGAAAGAGACUGGAUCGUCAGUCCCGUGCAUUUUACAACUUAUUCAGACAAGCUGACCGAGUUGAAAAGCUGGCAGGGAUAAUCCAACGAUUGGAGCAAGGUGAUCUGAAACUCCGAGUUCGAGCUCUGGAGUCUGAGAGGGCAUUUCAGCGUGUAGCAGCUGUCCAGAAAACCAUCGGAAAUGCGGUUGCUGCUGGGAGCCUAGUAAACCUUGCAACAAUUUUGUAUCUGAACUCCAUUCGGAUGCCCGCGAUGAUAGCAUAUGCGGUUUGCACAUUUUUCGGCUUGCAAGUUCUUGUGGGAAUCAUAAAGGUGAAAAAGUUGGAUCAAAGGGAGAGAUUGAUCACGGGAACUGCUUAGAGACUAGAGAACAUUCAAACCCCAAGAGAAGCCGGUUUCAGUGAGAAGUUUGCUAGUAGGAGCCACAACUGUUAACAUGUUGCUGAGUAAGUUAUCAACUCACCCUCAGUGUCUGGUCCGAUUCAAGUCACAUCGAGAAAUUGCCGUGCCAAUGAAUCACUGGGUGGACUGUAUUUAGGCCGGCUCAUAUUAUUUUCAUCUUGUCUUAACCCCAAAGAUUUGCUCAUAGGGGUAAUCUCAUCAGUAAUGUCUAUAUUUGGAAAGUGAGAAAGAGGUAUUAGGGGCAGAAAAGGCGAAGGGGGGACCCGUCUGUUGUCCUUAGACUUUAGAGUGCAGCUUUAUAAUUGGAAGUUUAACCGUUAAUGCUAAGUCCCUACAUGUGUAGCCUCCCACCCAUCUAAUUUUUCCUAGGUGGGAUGUUUCGCAAACUCGAGAAGUAAUUCGAAUUUGUUCUUCUGAUCAAUUACCCAUAACUUCGUGAUUUUCUCUC